ACAAGUUCAAACUGGGCGCGCCGUUUUGCCUAGAACAUCUUCAUUGUAGAGAUCUCCACGGCAAAAGAGUGAUAAUUACGGGGCCAGUCAUGGGCCUGCGCAACCAGGGGCCCAAAACUUAGGGAGCCAAUCCAGUGCGUGUGCAUAUUGCUGGCCCAGUCUGUAGCGCCGAAUACUAUCCGGUGACCCCCGACCCAACGGCGAACGGGGGUAGCGGCGGCCACGAUGAUGAAGGGAAGCUAAUUUCUCGAUCAAUCCUCCGCACGGCAAAGCUAGCCUCAAACUAGCCAAUCUACACCUGAUUUUAUUUUUUUGAAACGGAGAUGCUCUUACACCACAUCCAUAGUUCAUUUUGCAGCUAGGCAUUGGACAUAUAUACAUGGGCGUUUAUUUACAACAUGAUUCUGAUUCUGAGUUAUUAUUUUACGUAUGUAAAGUUUUAUAGUUUCGUAUAUGAUCUGUUUCUUGUCUAAAUAUCAUAUCGAGGUGAAGAUGAUGAGAAGAUGGAAUGGACUGCUACAUGACAGGAGCCGAGAGGGGUACGACCGUUUGGGCCCUCUUGGCAGCAGGAGAUGCUUCACGUACCGGCCCAUCGAGCGCGCGAGGACCGAGGACUAGUCGUUGAUACGUCAGGCCCCACCUGUCUGGCUGGCGAAUGAGAACGCGAGUAGACCGCGGCGAGAUACGCCAGGCCACGCUGUGUCUCCUCGGCCCUCGCCGCCGCCCGGCCGCUAUAAAACGAGCGCCCCCGGGAGGACACAGCCACCCUCUCCCGUCUCAGCUCUCACCACGUCAGCCGCAUCCCAGCCGCACGUGCCCCCGUCGAUCGCCAUCUUCCCCGCUCCUCUCCUCCCCUCCCUCAUGGCGCCCACGCCCUUCUUCCUUCUCGGCGCCGCCUCGGAGGACACGUCGGCCCAUGCCGUCGCGCCGGACCACUCAGAUGCGGUCGCGCGGGCGGCGUCCGGGCCGGGGAGGCAGCAGGCGGCUUCCGGCGGCGGCGGGACGCCGCUCAGUAAGACCCCGAAGCGCGGCCCCGGCGUGGCGGAGCUCGAGCGCCUCCGCUGCGGCUGCGGCGGGGCGCCGCCCAGGAAGACCCCGAACCCGCAGCGCGGCCUCAGCGUGGCGGAGCUCGAGCGCCUGUGCUCUGGCGGCGUCGAUCCGCAGCACGACCUCAACUCCGUCGUCCUGCAGCAGCACCACGACUACCUGCCCGCCUUCGACGCCGCCACCGGAUCGUGCUACUACUCCCCGCUCCUGGGAGAUAGAGAAACACGGCCCCCUGCCGCCGCCACCAACAACGCGCCAUACUACUCCAUCCACGAUCUCGCCGCCACCUUGCCGGCCGCUCGCAAGGAGACGGCCGGAGAAGGGUUCGCGGCAGCGGAGGGGAGGAAGGAGGUGCGGGAGAUCGAGUUCUUCCCGACGAGGGUCACCAGCCACAGCGGUCCCGACGAGUCCGAGCUGCGCACGACGCCGCCCUCCUCCUCGUUGCCGCCCGGCGGCGUCGGUGGCUCCCUGGACCUGUCCCUGAGGCUCUAGCUAGGGUUUGGACCUCCGAUCAGUAUCCGGCCGUAGAUCCAUGAACGAAUUCUUGGAUUGUUUUGAUUAAUGCUUGUCAUUUCGGGAGCUAUAACAGUUUGCCAAACAUGCAUGUAUCGGAUGAAACAUGUAUGUAAUCCAUA